UUUUGUUUUACUUCUCUUUUCGCCAACUCCUCUUUUCUUUGUUGUUUCCUUAUUGACUUGACCUUUCCCAAAGUAUGCAACUUUGUUCCUACCGUUAGGUGAAGCUUAAAGAGACCAUGUUCCUUCUCAGACCCAGGAGACUCAUCUUACUUGAGUUUGCUCCUCCUCCUCCUCCUCUGCCUCUUCCUUCUACUGAUACUACACAGCUUCUUCACAAUGCUUUUUGUUCAAAGGAUGUUCCAGGAGCACAUCAUCCGCAGGGGCCGGAGGUACGUUAGAAGGCUUAACUCUUGGCUUUUGAACUCAACGAUGCAGUCUUAUUGGGAUGAGAUUGAACAUUUCAAGAAUAAAGUGUUUGAUGAACUGACUACAAAAGAUGAGAAGGUGUUGGAGAUUGGUAUUGGGACAGGUCCUAAUAUGAGAUACUUCGCCGCUCGUAAUGUGAAUGUAACUCUUCUUGGGUUGGAUCCAAAUCCUAAAAUGAAGAAGUAUGCACGCAAAGCCGCUGUGAGAGCAGGAUUGAAUCCUAAAAACUUUAGAUUCACGCAAGGAGUAGGAGAGGCUAUACCAUUAGAAGAUGGUUCAGUGGAUGCAGUCGUUGCAACACUUGUUCUAUGUUCUGUCUCCGAUGUCACUCAAACACUCAUUGAAAUCAAGCGAGUGCUGAGACCAGGAGGGAGUUUCAUCUUCUUAGAACAUGUGGCAGCAGAAGGUACAUUAAAUGGAUCUCUCUUCAGGCGUUUGCAGAAACUGUUGGAUCCAUUGCAGCAGAUAUUAGCAGAUGGAUGCCAUUUGACAAGAAACACGAGAGAGUGCAUCUUGGAAGCUGGUUUCAGCGGUGGUGCCGAAAUAGAGACGGUGUCGAUGUAUAGUUUCCCGUGGAUAACAAGACCUCAUAUCUAUGGAGUAGCUUACAAGUAAAACUAUACAUCAAGCAUCAGCUCUGCUCAAAUGUGCGAGGCUGUAGACGGGUUUUGAACUCUGAGAAAGCUAUGUUUGAUGUUGUUACUGAGUGUUGUUUGUUUCAUUAAAGAGAGAGAGAGAUGCCAAUUUUGAUGAAAUUUCUUUACAAGACAACAAGUCAUCAAUGAAGAACAUUAGAGCAUGAUUAAUGGGGGAAACCCUAAUUAGAUUCUUAGAACAUGAUAAGAUACAUGUUUUAUAAAAGACGUUUCUUCUA